CUGCCGGCAGUCGAUACACAGAUAUACAGCAAGUGCUAGUAGGUUGCACACAAGGAGGACGUAUCAUUGUCAGAUGUGUGUCGAACAGUCAGAUGUGAGUCGAAACGUCAUAUGUGUUGCGAACAGUCAGAUGUGUGUUGAAAAGUCAGAUGUGUGUCAAAAGUCAGAUGUGUGUCAAAAGUCAGAUGUGUGUCAAACAGUCAGAUGUGUGUCAAACAGUCAGAUGUGUGUCAAACAGUCAUGUGUGGCUAACAUAUGGGACAGCCGGUAGAUGGGAUCGGCCAACGUGUGAAGUCAAGCGGAACGCCAUGUAAACUGUGUGUGAGGGUGUUGUGACAGCUGGCCACGCUUCACUGGCUGCAUUCCCUCCGCGGUAAACAAGAUGGAUUAUACUAACGUCAUGCUGUAUGAAACCUGGGACGUUGACAUGGCCUCCACGGCAAGUACCCCUGCUGGCUGACUGUGGGCAGCUGUCGGACGCCUCGAUGUGUGGCGACCCCACGGUGUCUUCCAUGUCCGGCAGUAAGAAGGACAAGACCUGCUUGGUGUGCGGAGACCGCGCCCUUGGCUACAACUUCAACGCCAUCUCCUGCGAGUCUUGUAAGGCUUUCUUCAGAAGGAAUGCACACAAGACAAUCCGGGGCCGGUGUGAAGGCAAGUGUGAUGUGAACAUUGAGUCGCGGUCGUUCUGCAAACGCUGCCGGCUGGCCAAGUGCUACACUGUGGGCAUGAGGAAGGACAUGAUCCUCAGUGACGAACAAAAGAAGAUGAGGAAGACCAAGAUCAUCAUGAACAAACUGCGUCGCCAGGGUCAAAUGGCGCCAGAAGACACAUACUCGGCAUCGGAGAGUGACCUGACAGGGUCGCCCCGGGGCGUGGUGACCCGAGCCGACUGCUGGCCAGAGUCAUCCAAGGACUUUGAGAAAUACCGGAAACUCAAGGUGGAGGAUAGCCCGGGUGCUUGUUCUCACGGCAGCAGUCAGGACGAGCACGUCAUCAAGUAUCCCCCAUGGGCGGAGUGUACCGAGGUGGUCGAUGGCGCCAUCAAGCAGAUGAAGGAGGCUGACAGGAGUCUGCUGCAGGAGCUGAUGAAGGCUCACGAGAGUAGCCAGUUUCUGUCUGGCACCAGCACCAGUCUCAAACUCAUUCCAUCAAAUCCCACAGAGUUUGUGAACGUAGCAGAAGGGUUUGUUCGCCGUGUAAUCAAGGUUGCAAAAAAUAUUGCUUUCUUUAAGGAACUGUGCAAAGACGACCAGAUUGCGUUGUUGAAGGGGUCGGUUGUUGAUAUCAUGAUGUUGCGGUCCGCAGUCAAUUAUGAUCCCUUCACAGAAUCCUGGAGUCUGAGCACCAUGAACUGCCUCAUCCAGGGCAGCACCAGCGACAACAUCGGCGACCGCAUCAGCGCUGAGGUCCUGAAGAUGGGCAGCUCGGAGUCCGCCAGCCUCUUCUUCACGUAUUCCAAGUUCAUCAAGUCUCUGAUGAGCACGAUCCACGGCGACCUCCUCGUGUUGAAGGUCCUCAUCAUCAUGUCCCUGUUCUCGGCCGACCGCGGCUCCCUCGUCAACCAGGAUCAGGUGCACGGCUUUCAGGAACAGUACGCUCACAUCCUGCAACAAUACAUCCUCAUCAGGUUCCCAGACGAGAAGACGCUGUUUGCACGCGUUGUUAUGAAGCUCACCGACCUUCGCAACAUCAAUGAAGUUCACACCAAAAUGUUGCUUAAAAUGAAAGUGGAGGAUAUCGAACCACUUCUUCUGGAGAUAUUUGAUCUGCCGUUGUGAUGAGAAGAAAGAUAUUGAAUCUUUUCUUCUGGAGGUUUUUGAUCUGCCCUUGUGCUGGGCAGGAUAUUGAACGACUUCUGGUGGUUUUGGAUCUGCCUUUGUGCUGGGCAGGAUAUUGAACGACUUCUGGAGGCUUUUGAUCUGCCUUUGUGCUGGGCAGGAUAUUGAACGACUUCUGGUGGUUUUGGAUCUGUCUUUGUGCUGGGGGCAGAGGAGGGGCACCUGUGAAUCAGGGUUAGUGACGUGUAGUGAGGGGCACCUGUGAAUCAGGGUUAGUGACGUGUAGAGGGGGGCACCUGUGAAUCAGGGUUAGUGACGUGUAGAGGGGGGCACCUGUGAAUCAGGGUUAGUGACGUGUAGUGAGGGGCACCUAGGGGUGGGCUGGGUGGGUUGUGUAGGGCUGGGCAAAGCCCAGUGACAGGGCAGUCUAGAAGAAAUGAAUCGGUAGCAGGGUCGCUAUAACCCUGACCCUGAUCCUCAUCCUCAUCCUGACCCUGACCCUGACCCUGACCCUGAUAGGUAGCGAUGUGUUGUGAGGCCCAGCAACUGCUUGGAACACUCUGCUGGUUGCAGGGAUCAUCCCUGUGUGUUUACGCUGGGGCAGUGAGGACUAAUUGUUACACUGGAGAUGACAGCACAUAGAACCCCAAUCUGCCUUUCAGUGAUCGAUGCUCAAGCUCAUCUUGCCUGGACGACAGCUGAGAUGGCAAACCUACAGGAGAGCUUAGAUCUUAGGAAGCUGAGAUGGGAGGUCUACAUGACCGUGUAUAUAAGUGAUAUGUUGGGGUACCAGUUUUCCUGGGACGUCCGCCUCAUUUUGCCAUACAGUUAUCCGUCGAUUGUGGUUGUAUUUUCUGGGAAAUAUGUAAAUAGUGUUUCUGUGGAAGAAGACGGGUCAUACAGGUGGAGUUUGGAAGUUUUUUCAUUCCUCAUUGACACAAAUGGCCAGAUUAGAUUAUUUUUUGUUUAUUCCGGGAGAAGGUACCACAAAAUAUUGCAGAGUCUGGUCUCGUCAGUCGUUCUGUUACAAGUGUUGUAUGCACAAUAGACUUGCAGUAACUUGCCUUACUACAGCUCACACAGAGGUCAAUACCUCAAGCUGUUCACAUUAAGGUUCCAAUUUUCUUGAAAAGUGUCAUAUCACACGGCUGGUGUACAGAUAUCACACAUGUAUAGUCGUGUAUAUCUACCGGGUAGGUAUGUUAUUGGGCUUACUCUUGCCAGGCCAGAAUCCUUCAACUGAAAGAGACGAUGGUUGUUCUUCUAUCUCUGCUAUGCAUGCAGCAGACCGAGGGAGGAUGUAAAUACAUGAUUGCCAUCACACUAGUGCCAUGUCUUAUAACCAAUACUGUGCCAUGAGAUAUAUAUAUAUAUAUAUAUCCUAAUACUUGUUACAUACUUAAAAGUUUACCAUUGUUGAUUUGUUCGGCUUAAUGAAUUAUAUAUGUCAGGGGCUAGUGAUAUUUGUUUGGUGUCCAUAUCAAGGGUAUUAUCUCCCCUUUGUGUAGUGAAGUUGUUCGCUGUGUUAUCCCCGUCAGUCGUCACAGAUACAGCUAAGGGAGACAACUUUGCUGCGCAAAUGCCCCCAACAAGGGAAGGCAAAUGAGAUUGCUUUAUUUUAACCUCCAUCAAAACGACACUAGAUUCAAAACAGAUUUUCCCUCAACCAAGUGGAGACAACUCAGGUUCCUAUAGAUUUUUCGUCAUGAAGGGGAGACCACUCUUACUUAUCCCCUUACAUCAUGUUUUAUUGCAAGAUUUUCAUGUCAAUUUGUGUUGACUGGUAAUUCAGAAUAUUUUUUUUUCUGAUUUUCUAAUUUUUGUUGACUCAUCUUGUUGUUUCUGCAUUGGCCAAUGAAAUCACUACCCAGGAAUGUAUUGUGGUGUAGACAACGAAGAGUGAGAUCCUGGACAGCAGUGUCGUGCUACUUGGCAAGUCCAGCAAUAUCACUUCAUGUUAAGAAAACACUACCGGUCAAAACGGUGGUCACUCGUCCUUGACCUGUCAAAUUAGUGGUCACUGGUCCCGACCUGUCAAAUCAGUGGUCACUGGUCCCUGACCUGGCAAAUCAGUGGUCAGUGGUCCCGACCUGUCAAAUCAGUGGUCAGUGGUCACUGGUCCUGACCUGUCAAAUCAGUGGUCAGUGGUCACUGGUCCCUGACCUGUCAAAUCGGUGGUCACUGGUCCUGACCUGUCAAAUCAGUGGUCAGUGGUCACUGGUCCCUGACCUGUCAAAUCGGUGGUCACUGGUCCUGACCUGUCAAAUUAGUGGUCACUGGUCCUGACCUGUCAAAUCAGUGGUCAGUGGUCACUGGUCCCUGACCUGUCAAAUCAGUGGUCACUGGUCCCGACCUGUCAAAUUAGUGGUCACUGGUCCUGACCUGUCAAAUCAGUGGUCAGUGGUCACUGGUCCCUGACCUGUCAAAUCAGUGGUCACUGGUCCCGACCUGUCAAAUUAGUGGUCACUGGUCCUGACCUGUCAAAUCAGUGGUCAGUGGUCACUGGUCCCUGACCUGUCAAAUCGGUGGUCACUGGUCCUGACCUGUCAAAUCAGUGGUCAGUGGUCACUGGUCCCUGACCUGUCAAAUCAGUGGUCACUGGUCCCUGACCUGUCAAAUCAGUGGUCACUGGUCCCUGACCUGUCAAAUCAGUGGUCACUGGUCCCGACCUGUCAAAUCAGUGGUCACUGGUCCCGACCUGUCAAAUCAGUGGUCACUGGUCCCUGACCUGUCAAAUCAGUGGUCACUGGUCCCGACCUGUCAAAUCAGUGGUCAGUGGUCCCGACCUGUCAAAUCAGUGGUCAGUGGUCCCGACCUGUCAAAUCAGUGGUCAGUGGUCACUGGUCCCUGACCUGUCAAAUCAGUGGUCACUGGUCCCUGACCUGUCAAAUCAGUGGUCACUGGUCCCUGACCUGUCAAAUCAGUGGUCAGUGGUCCCGACCUGUCAAAUCAGUGGUCAGUGGUCACUGGUCCCUGACCUGUCAAAUUAGUGGUCACUGGUCCCGACCUGUCAAAUCAGUGGUCACUGGUCCCGACCUGUCAAAUCAGUGGUCACUGGUCCCGACCUGUCAAAUCAGUGGUCACUGGUCCUGACCUGUCAAAUCAGUGGUCAGUAGGAGCAUUGACUACCUAGUCCAGUUCCCACAAGUUGAGGGGGGGCACGGGUGGCACAGUCAUCAAAGGCGCCUCAAUUCACUGAACACGCCAGAAACCUAUGAUUCUGGGUUCGAAUCCCAGUUCGUCCCGAUUAUAUUUCUAGGUUUGUCAGCACCAUACCCAUGCUCAGCACGUGGGUUUCGCCGAAGUGGUAAGCGUCUGAGACCUGCAUCACUUCGGGCUUUCCUCCCACAUUGAGCUGACAUGCCGCGAUACAACUGUAAUACUGUUAAAAGCGGCAUUAAAGCCACUCACAAGUUAAAGGUGUGCAUCCACAUUGGUGCAACGAUGUUUCUUUGUAUUGUAUUUGUGGUUUCUGUAAUGGUGUUAAUUGUUUCUAACUUGAAAUAUUAUUUUCUUAGAAUUUAUAUUAUAACUAUUUUAUACUUGAGUUACACACUAACAUUCCCCAUGUAGUCUCACAAACUAGAAAACCAUUGAUCUGUCCGGAGCCCACGCUGAUGGGGAGCCCUGGUAACUCACCAUUCAUCGAUCUGUCCGGAGCCCACGCUGAUGGGGAGCCCUGGUAACUACCAGUCAUCGAUCUGUCCGGAGCCCACGCUGAUGGGGAGCCCUGGUAACUCACCAGUCAUCGAUCUGUCCGGAGCCCACGCUGAUGGGGAGCCCUGGUAACUCACCAGUCAUCGAUCAGUCCGGAGCCCAGGCUGAUGGUGAGCCCUGGUAACUCACCAGUCAUCGAUCAGUCCGGAGCCCACGCUGAUGGGGAGCCCUGGUAACUACCAGUCAUCGAUCAGUCCGGAGCCCAGGCUGAUGGUGAGCCCUGGUAACUCACCAGUCUGUUCUUUGUACAGACUCACCAUGCUCUGUCUGCAGGUCGACCUCCCUGUUACUGCAUCCUACUUCUUGGUCUUAUUCUCACUGGAGGGACCUUUGUAUUAAUUUACAUGAAAAUACGUUAGUUAGAAAGUACUUUUGUUACGGGAGACGUGAGUGGGUAUUUAUUGCCUUUGUUUCAUGACAUUGUCCUUUGUUUGUUUGUUAAUGACCUGUUAUUUAAUGAUGCUUUGUUUCCUUCACUUUGUUCAGUAUUUUCAUGUGUGAUGACACAUUGAAUAUUCCUCUGAAGAUCAGGACAUAUUGAUUGGUUGUCCUAGCAGAGUCCAUAAAACACAGGCUUAACCUGGUUACGUGUAACCCCACAAAACCCUCCCCUAGCAAUGUGUAACCCCACGAAACCCUCCCAGAGCAACGUGAAACCCUACGAAACCCUCCCCGAGCGACGUGUAACCCCACGAAACCCUCCCCAAGCGAUGUGAAACCCCACGAAACCCUCCCCGAGCGAUGUGUAACCCCACGAAACCCUCCCCCAGCGAUGCCUAACCCCACGAAACCCUCCCCCAGCGAUGUGUAACCCCACGAAACCCUCCCUGAGCGAUGUGAAACCCUACGAAACCAGUUGGACGCUUUACAUACUCCUAUAUGACCCUUAUUUUACAUUUUUGGUAGGUGCAGUUUCUUUUUGUGGUUAGUCGUGGAACAAUGACUCUCUGUGGAACACUUCUGACAUGCAGUCAAUUUGUCCUGCUGGUAAUAACUGUUGCCUGUGUGCAGAGUUCAUUGUGAUGGCGGCACAAACUUGCUCAACCUUUGCCAGUCAUGCAGGUCGGCUUCCAGUACUGGGUACCUGUAUUCUCCGUACUGGAGGUCUGCUUUCCGGUUAUUGGCUUAAAAUAGAUUUCACCUGUUUGUUGUUUCAGUUGUGCUAGCCUGUAGAUACACAUGAUAUUUAUUGUGUGUGACAGUGGAUGUGUGGGGGCAGUCAGGCUUGUAUCAUGUGUCUACCAACUGGGUUCAUCCACUGCAUAUAGUCAGGGUCGUUCUAAAUACCAUGGACCCAUUUGUGGAACCCACUUCAUACUUGACUCAGACAUUACCAGAACCAGUAGGGAAUAAUGUUCCAUAUCACCAGAACCAGUCGGGAAUAAUGUUCCAUAUCACCAGAACCAGUAGGGAAUAAUGUUCAUACCACAACUGAUCCAACAAGGGGAGGCAACUCAAGUAUGUUGGAAUGAUUUCAGGUACAGGGUUCUUCUUUCCGAGCAGUGUUUGAAAUAAUUUUAUGAUGGAACAAAGACAGUCGGGCAUUUGACCCAUGAGUGUUGCCUGCCCACGUUCAGACAUCAUAAACACUGAAAAAUAAGAGAAAAAUUGCGUCUUGAUUCAGUUGAAAUAAUGCACACAAUUUGAGUAUCUACAAGGAGUUAUAAUAAAGCGGAAUAUCUAAGUAGGCUAAAAGUGAUCAGCCGCAGUAUUUCUGACAGUGAUUCAGAGACAGGAUGACAGGCUACUCGUGGAGGAACAAGCAAUGUGGAACUGUGCCUCUACCAUCCCAGUACAAGCCUGUCAGUCACAUAUCACAGAUCCCAUUACUAGCCUGUCAGUCACAUAUCACAGAUCCCAUUACUAGCCGGCUACAACAAUUCUUCCAGAGUCUACCAGCCUGGGCGUGUCUGCCCCCAGUGUGUGAGUGAGUGAGUGAGAGUUGUGUGAUGGGUUACUCCAUGUUGCCUGAAUUCCGUGACAGCUGUGUCUAAAUCAUCAGGGUGUGUCUAAAUCAUCAGGGUGUGUCUAACAAUCACUUUUCUUCACUUUGUCAGUAGAGCAUUAAAAUGUCAGUAGCCA